AUGAGACACCCAGAACCAACCCAGGCUGUAGCUGGUGAUCGCAUUGCUGCACUAUUACACGGGGCUCAUGAUGUGCCUGCGCCUCCGCCUCCGCCUGCAUCUACAUCAACAUCAACUUCUACAUCUGCGCCUGGCCCGAGUCGAUCUCGAGAUCACGAGGCUCCACGAUUAUCGGCUACAUAUACGCCUGUCUCAUUUAUCUAUAGCCCAACACCUUCGCCUCCGGUCCGGUCUUACGUUGUUCCACAUCGUGGAAGAAAUAGCGUUCUUAUAACACCCCCUCUGGCUGAACAAUCGGUCGACGCGACUCGGGUGCCGAGGUCUCUUCCUACAUAUGAGAAUACUGGUCCUCGGUUUGAGUCUGCGGCUCGGAAAGAGGAGCAGGAUGGCGACUUGGACGGCGACUCGGACUCAGACUCCAUAUCAUCUGUUUAUACGGCACCGGAAGGUGACGCGGACGUGGCUAUUUCAAAUACUACGCGGGAAAUAUCGGUUCAGGAACGUACAUGA